AUGAUUCCAUCCUUCAGUGUCGCCAACCUCGAGGGCUCCGGCCUUGCCAAGACCGAGUAUGACUUCAGCAAGAAGCAGACUUGGGUCAAGACGGCGAGAAGCCUCACCUUCCUGGACGAGACCCAGGAGCUCAUGAACAUAUACGACCACAGCCCCGACGACGAUGGCUCCAACCCGACCCCCUUCCAGUGGCAGAAGAGCUCCCCUUCCUCUCACUGGCCGGUCGAGAAUGACAGACCGCCUCCGUUGGAGAGAACCGUCUCGCAGCCAGCCGUCGCGAGUGCUUCACACAAUGCUGCCUCACCCGCUGACAGUCCAGCACACUCCUGGCCGGAUGGAGGCGAUUUUGCCUCGUUACACCUGCCGGAGCAGAGCAGCUAUCCUGCGCAGUCGCCCGCCGCCAGUGUAACUCCCUCGGAUCGCACGCGUACAGAGCCUGGCAGCUUGACCGACACCCGUCACGUCCCAAAGCGGAGAAGGCUCACGUUCGAGAGCGUCUACCAGAGCUCGGUAGCAUCCGAGAGCCCCGUCAAUCCCGUUGCUCAUCAAUCUCCCGCGACCCCGGAACCGUGGUCUGUUGGAUGGACUCCCUCAAAGCCCGUCAGCAACGACAUGUCCGCUUCGGAAGUGGACCUCGUGACACUCUCAGGCCUGGAGACCUCUGUAUCGAGUUCGCUCUCACGUAUCUACCUAGAGUCCCCCGCCUGGCCUCUCCCACAGAGGGAGGAAGCCAUACUCCUGCGACAUUUCGUUGAAACCUUGGCGCGUAAUUUCGACCUGACUGAUCCACGUGCUCAUUUCCGCAAUGUCGUGCCGCAGAGAGCAGCGGUCUGUCCGACUCUGAUGAACGCCAUCUUUGCCCUCUCGGCCCGGCACUUGAGUCGAAUAGGUCAGUACGAUCCGCUUGUCUCAAAUCGAUACCAUCAGGAGUGCUUGAAGCACCUGAUACCCAUGCUCGAUGACACAUCUGCGAUACUCGACGAGAAUUUACUGGCGUCCACGAUCAUCCUGCGUCACUUGGAAGAGCUUGAAGUCCCCAUCAGCGGUCAGCACCCAAGUGACCAACAUAGCCAUCUGCUUGGCGCUCAAGCCUUCAUCGCUGCGCAAGAAAGGGCGGCGAUCACAGGCGGCCUCCGCCAAGCAGCCUUCUGGGUCGGAUUGAGACAGGAGGUAUACGUAGCAUUCGUCAAUCAGCGGCCUGCGCUACCCGCUUUGGAGCAUUGUAACGUUGAUCGAUCUUUCGAAGCUGCGGAGGAUCAUAUAUGGUCAGUGACAUCAACAGCAAAGCACAGCUGCCGUUGCUAACGAUGUCGAAGGGCUUGUCGCAUCAUUGUUCAAUGCGCGGAUAUUCUGCGAUACUGUUUCGGAGACGGAACUGCAUCCGCGGCAUCGUAUGCAUACCUGGAGCAUCAGGUAUCUCAAUGGUACGUCUUUGCUCACAACACAACUGGAGGAGUCUAUCCGCCAAGAGACUUCGCAUUUGCUACGUCUCGCGUGAUGCUGACAUUUUCCGCUGUCUCUCAGGUACGACAGCAAACCAGCCUCUUUCAACCCUGUCUUCUAUCGGGCCCCCGAAGGUGAUGAGGUCUUUCCCGAGGUACGUAGUACCCGCGCAUGCCGGCGUCCGGCUUGCAGCAGUGACAAUCGCUCCAUCGCGGGUGAGGCGGAUUUCAGCUGACAUGGCUAUUAGAUAUGGUAUGUAGGCGAUGACCUUGCAACGGGCAUCCAGCACUAUCAUUUGGCACGAAUACUCCUCAGCUCGCAUAACCCGGGCAUACCCAAGCUGGGCCCAGGGAGAACAGCGGCAUUGAGGGCCAUGGAUGACGAGAUCAAACGUCACGUUCGAGCUCUGUGUGGCAUGUCUCUGAGCAACCCUUCCAAUGCGCCAGCUUUCACAUACGCUGCGAUGGGAGCUUCGUUGGCUGGAGACAAGUUCGUGGAGUACCGUGAACAGAUCGUAAGUGGCGCUAUGCACAUUUUCCAUCGAUAUCCUGCUGCCGAUUCCGUGCUCAAAUGUGAUAUGCUGACAGAUCGGUAGGCUUUGCUUGCUGUCCUCCAGCAGUGUGAAAAUAUGCAUGCGUGGCCUACGGGAACCGCGAUAACCAACCUGAAAGUAGCCUGGGGUUGGGAUGAGACGGAAAACUACAUGCUUCCGCACGGCGGACAUCCGACCAAGAGUGUCACAGCAGAAAUCUAA